AUGGGUAUCACCGAAGGAUGGAAAGACAAAAUGGCUUGGCCGCGACUGGUCGCGUUCAUGGUCAUCUUGUUUGUUCUUCUGACCACUGUGAGCUCCGUGAUGAAGAGGAAAGAAGCUUUCAACCUUCCAGCAAACGGCCAUCCAGGAGACGAGAAGCCACAAGAAGAUGUAGCAGUCAACACAUGGUGUCCAGUGCCGGAACUGCCCACUCCAAUCCAAGACGGCUUGGUUCAGCUGGCCGACUUUGGAAACAACAAGGACUUGAUAAAGCAGCAGGUUGAACGCCUCAGUGCUGCUGUCAAUAUUCCAUCUAUCUCGUAUGACGACAACGACGAUGUGGAUAAAGACCCGAGGUGGCAUGCUUUUGUCACUCUGCAUGAGAUUUUGAAAGCCCAAUUUCCAAAAGUCUACGGUCUGCUUUACACGUUACCUGGAAGCUCUCAUCACGAACUGAAACCGCUCGUUAUUAUGGCUCACCUGGAUGUUGUACCAGUGCCGGAUCCGACAAAAUGGAGUCACCCUCCAUUUGAAGCAUACUUUGAUGGACAGUGGCUAUGGGGGAGAGGUACUGUUGACUGCAAAGGCGUUCUCAUUGGAGUUUACAGUGCCAUGGAACGACUCCUCGAGCAGGACUUCAAGAACAAACGUACUAUCAUUCUAUCAUUCGGAUUCGACGAAGAAACCGGUGGUUUCAGAGGCGCCAAAUACUUGGCUGCAAAUCUGAAAGAGAAGUACGGCGAUAACAGCAUAGAAAUGAUCGUCGAUGAAGGUGGUGGGAUGACGCCCAAAGUCGAUGGCGUGACUUAUGGAUUGCCAGCGAUUGCAGAGAAGGGUUUCCUCGAUAUCAUCUUGACUCUCAACACUCCAGGUGGCCACAGUUCUGCACCGCCCAAAAACACAAACAUAGGCAUCAUGUCACGGCUCAUCGCAGCAGUGGAAGAUCACCCUUUCACUCCUCAUAUCGAUGAGCACAACCCUUUCUGGAACUACCUAAAGUGCGAAGUCGAAAACUCGCCCAAAGCAGCAGAGCCCUGGCUACGAGAAGCGUUGGAGAAGAAUGAAGACUUUGCAGACAGAUUGAUCGAAUCUCGCGGCGGCUAUACUCGCUGGUCAAUGCAAACGUCGCAAUCGGUAGACAUCGUGAACGGUGGCAUCAAGGACAAUCAACUGCCAGAGAAGUCUGAAGUAGUUAUCAACUACCGCGUCCUCCCAACCGACAAGAUAGACGAUGUCUUGAAAGCCGUCGCUGAGGUUCUCGCUCCUCUCGCAAACAACUACAGCAUCGCAGUUCAAGGACCAGGGUACUCGCAAACCGAUCGCGGUUUUGGUGUCCUCAACACCUCCUCAAUGAAUAUUCUCGAGCCGUCACCAAUCUCGCCGACAGGUCCAGACGUAGGAGUCUGGAAUGUCUUCGCAGGCUCCAUCCGCCAAGUCUUCGAGAACACAGGAGAGAGGUUAUCAGCCCAAAAGAUCAUCCCCGUGGGUACGAUUUCGGCUGGCAACACAGAUACAGCGCACUACUGGCCUUUGACCAAGAACAUCUAUCGCUUUUCGCCCUUGUCGGAGGAUACGGCGAAAGGUCCGCACACUGUGGAUGAAAGAGUUGAUAUGCAGGCGCAUUUGGGUGGUGUCAAGUUUUACUAUGAGUUAAUCCGGAAUAUGGAUGCCUAUACAGGAAGUUAG